GAGGCGCGUCCACGGGCUAUUUAUUUAAAAGCGCGCCCACAGGGUUGUCUCCGGUCCGUCAGCGGCUCUCACACACACCGAAGUACUACAGCCGGUCCAACCGGGACAGACGCGCAGUAUGGCGGCCAAGAAAGUCUGCAUUAUCGGCUCUGGCAACUGGGGUUCUGCCAUUGCCAAGAUAGUGGGUGUCAAUGCAGCAAAAUACAACACGUUUGAAAACACGGUGAACAUGUGGGUGUUUGAGGAGAUGGUCAACGGACGCAAGCUCACUGAAAUCAUCAACACCGAACACGAGAAUGCAAAAUACUUGCCUGGACACAAGCUGCCGCCCAACGUGGUGGCGGUUCCGGAUCUGUUGAAUGCAGUGAAGGGUGCAGAUAUCCUAAUUUUUGUCAUCCCUCACCAAUUUGUGUCCCGAGUCUGUGACACCAUUAAGGGUCACAUCAAAACGGACGCUGUGGGAAUGUCCCUCAUUAAGGGUGUGGAUGAGGGUCCUGACGGACUGAAACUGAUCUCUGAUGUCAUUAGGGAAAAGCUCGGCAUCACCAUGACCGUGCUGAUGGGAGCCAAUCUGGCCAAUGAGGUCGCUGAUGAGAAAUUCUGUGAAACUACCAUUGGGUGUAAAAGCAAAGCUCAUGGGCCCCUGUUGAAGGAACUGAUGCAAACACAAAACUUCCGUGUGACGGUGGUGGAAGAGGCUGACGUUGUGGAGAUCUGUGGGGCGUUAAAGAAUAUUGUCGCAGUGGGCUCUGGUUUCUGUGACGGUCUGGACUUCGGUGACAACACCAAGGCCGCCGUGAUCCGUCUGGGUUUGAUGGAGAUGAUUGCCUUCGCUCGGCUAUUCUGCACGGCCAGUCCGGUUUCUCCCGCCACGUUUCUGGAGAGCUGCGGCGUCGCCGACCUCAUCACCACCUGCUACGGAGGACGCAACCGCAAAAUCGGAGAAGCGUUCGCUAGAACCGGGAAAUCUAUCGAGGAGCUUGAGAAGGAACUGCUGAACGGCCAGAAACUUCAAGGUCCAGCAACCGCAGCAGAAGUUCAUCAGAUCCUCAAACACAAAAACCUGGUGGAAAAGUUCCCCCUGUUUAAUGCAGUUUAUCAGAUCUGUUUCCAGGGUCACCCAGUCAAAGAGUUCAUCACCUGCCUACAGAACCAUCCAGAACACAUGUAAACAUCAUUAUGGACAUUACGGCUGUUUUAGUUGUUUUUUCAUUAACUCUGUAUGAAAAAAAAAUUAACAGUACAUAAGAUUUUAUUUUGGAUAAAAUGCAUUGUAAAGGAAGUUUGUCCGGUUUUAAAGUCUUACACUCUCGCAAAGUAUUUUUAACAUAUCCUAUUCUGUAAUUUUCAGCCAAUGAUGAAGUGCCUUAAAGUUGAGCCCUCAAAAGCAUUUAUUUUCUGGAAAACAAAGCUCCUUUGUUCAUGUGCCAUAAAAACAGAUUUUGUUCA